CGCGCCUGUCACGGUCCGGCCCGGCCACGCCUUGGGGAGAUCCCUGCGCCCUCUCAGGCUUUUCAGAGCAGCUCAGACGACAUCCCAAAUGGAUGAUUAACUUCACAAUGGCAGAACUCACAGUAGAGAAUGGCAGCUGUAUUGACUGGCAAAAGCGAUGCCUUGAGUUGGAGUCUCAGCUCUUCAAAUUCCGGCUGCAGGCAAGCAAGAUCCGAGAGCUGUUAGCUGAAAAGAUGCAGGAAUUGGAACAGAGAGUAAUAGAAGCAGAACAAAGAGCUGAGGAUGCAGAGAAACAGGUCAGAGUUAUGGAAGAGAAGAUAAAACUUGCUAACAUGAAGACUAUUGAAGCAGACAGCACUCUGCACAGGAAAUACCAGGAGCUGAUGGGUACAGUCCAAGGAAAGGAAGAUCUGAUCAACAGACUGGAGACACAGCUAACAAAACAGAAACAGUUGAGGACUGAGGAAGCCAAAAUUGUUCAAGAGAAAGCUGCCAAGAUCAAAGAGUGGGUAACAUUUAAGCUGAGAGAGCUUGAGCUAGAAAAUUACCACCUGAAAAAGUGUAAUGAGAGGCUGACGGAGCACAUUGAAGCCCUUCAGGAUACAUUGCAAGAUAUGACCAGCGUUCCUCCCUUUGAAUCAAUUUGGAGCUGUAAUUCUCUGAAGCCCAGAGCAUCACGGGCCUCUUUUGCCAAGAAGAUAGACCAGAGAUCUGUGCUCCUUGCACCUGGUUUCAGACACACGCGUCAGAUGGGACCUGCCAAAUGUGUCCUCUCUACAGCAAAUAUAGUCCUUGCCAAUGACACCCUUACUGAGGAUGGAGAGGACAAAUCUCUGCUUUCCCCGAGCACGCUGAAGCUCGUGUCUGACCCAACAAGCUGGAAUCUCUCCACAGAGAAAGAUAUAUUCCCAGCCGUAAGUUCUGAGCACAGGUUAGAGUGCUCUGACCCCACAUCACUGGGCUCUCCAGCUGACGCUACAAGAAUCCUUGAGGCUUUGACUUUCCAGCCACCUUUGGAAGGAAACUGUAGUGCUGUGACCACUUUGCAACAAGUGGCUUUGCACAGCACCCGCUUCUCGGAUGAUCUGAGUGCCAGGUUCCGUUCCCACCAGCUGGGCUCUUCUUCCUCUGGAGAAAUACUGAGCAUGCUUAAGGGCCAGCUCCAAACUGGUGAGCCACCCCUGGUUGUGUCAACAGCAACUGUUACAGCACAUCCGUUCGGUGCAGGCAGGGAAUGUGGCCUUGGCAGUAAUAUGACCUUUCCAAAAAUACGAACUCCCAAUACACCAAGAGACAGUAUCCAGCUAGCCAAGAGACAUUACAGCCAACCACAGCCAGGGGCUAAUUCUUUCCAUCGUGUAAUGAGCUUAGAGGCUAGCACCUUCCAGCCCAUAACAGACUCUUCAGUCUGCCAUGGGCAGGUGAAGGAGACAGACAUUGAUGAUGAUGAUGAGGUACUGGAGAAGAUGGAGACGGAACGUGGCCCAGUGAGGGAAGAAGCUGGAGUGUAUGAAGAACCCGGUGGCUUCUCUGCAGGGCAAAGAGAAGGUGUGAGUUCUGAGGCUGGUGUACCUGACCCAGGAGGUAAACCUCCCACACCACCACUGCACAGAUUCCCAUCAUGGGAGAGUCGAAUCUAUGCUGUGGCCAAGUCCGGCAUGAGGUUGUCUGAAGUGGCCAUGGUGAAUGAUACUUCUAGCUGCUUUUCCAAUUUCUCGUGCUCAACAUCAGGGCCAUUUACACGUCUCAUCUACAGAAAUGUCACAGUGCCAGUCUACACUACGCUGAAGGGGAGAGCCACCCAGAUCAGCAACGUGCCUUUCUUGGAUGAGUCUUCAGGCUCUGAUGAUGACUGUGGCUCCCAUGCCAGCUUCAGGACUUCUACAGCUGGAUCCGAGCACAGGAAAGCGAGCGUGCCAGGCAGUCCUCGUGCAGUGAAGAGAGGUGUAUCUAUGUCCUCACUGAGCUCUGAGAGUGAUUAUGCCAUCCCUCCUGAUGCCUACUCCUUGGAUGGUGACUCUUCAGAGCCAGAACAUAAGCUACAGCGAACAUCUUCCUAUUCCACUGAUGGUGGCAUCUGCACUGAACCUAUGGAGAAAUCGGGUUACUUGCUGAAAAUGAGCAGCCAGGUGAAGAUGUGGAAGAGACGAUGGUUUGUUCUAAGAAACAGACAAAUCAUGUACUACAAGUCUCCGAGUGACGUUAUCCGCAAACCACAAGGGCAGAUGGAGCUGAAUUCCUCGUGCCAAAUUGUCAGAGGUGAAGGGUCUCAAACAUUCCAGCUCAUGACAGAAAAGAGAACCUACUUCCUGACAGCAGACUCUCCCAGCAUUCUGGAGGAAUGGAUUCAUGUCCUGCAAAGCAUUCUGAGAGUGCAAGUGACCGGUCCUGUUGGUGUUCCUCAUAAUGAUGCUAAACCUACUGUGAAAGGUUGGCUCACCAAGGUCAAGCAUGGUCACUCUAAGCUGGUAUGGUGUACUCUGAUUGGAAAAACUUUCUACUACUAUCGAAAUCACGAAGAUAAGUGUCCCCUGGGGCAUCUGCCCAUGCGAGAGUCCAAAGUGGAAGAAGUAGACCGUUCCUGUGACUCUGAUGAAGAUUAUGAAGCCACUGGUGGGGGACUUCUCUCAUCCCAUUGUACGUUGGUGAUUCACCCACAGGACCAGAGUCCCACAUACUUACUCAUUCGCACCAAACAGGAAAAGAACACCUGGCUGUACCACCUGACUGUAGCAGCUGGGAGCAGCAGUGCCAUAGUGGGCACAUCAUAUGAACAGCUCAUUGGGAAACUACUGGAUGCAGAGGGAGACCCUGAUUCUCCUCUGUGGAAACAUCCCAUGUUGUGCUACAGUAAGGAUGGGUUGCACACGUCCCUCACCACUCUGCCAUCUGAGGCUCUACAGACUGAAGCUCUGAAACUGUUUAAGUCCUGUCAGCUGUUCAUCAAUGUCCCUGUGGAGGCCCCUUCUAUUGACUACCACGUGUCACUUGCUCAGACAGCGCUGCAGGUCUGCUUGACACAUACAGAGCUGCAGAAUGAGAUUUACUGUCAGCUUGUUAAACAAACCAGUUGCCGACAACCCCAGAACCACUCAGUCAUUCAGUGCUGGCAACUCAUGGCUUUGUGUGCUCCUCUAUUCCUGCCUCAACAUCACUUCCUCUGGUACAUCAAACAGCAUUUGCAGCGACAUGCAGACCCCAGGAGUGAAAUAGGCAAGUAUGCCAUCUACUGCCAGAGAUCUGUAGACCGCACGGUGCACGCUGGCGAGCGGGAGGCCAAGCCCUCCAGGAUGGAGAUUGUGUCCAUCCUCCUGAGAAACCCCUACCACCACUCACUCCCCUUCAGCAUCCCAGUGCACUUCAUGAAUGGGACCUACCAGGUUGUAGGUUUUGAUGGUUCCUCAACGGUUGAUGAAUUCAUCCAGACACUGAACCAGGAGACAGGGAUGAGGAAGCCAUCCCACAUGGGGUUUUCUCUCUUCACAGAUGAUCCUUCUGGCAGAAAUUUGGAACAUUGUCUGCAGGACAGCAUGAAGAUCUGUGAUGUCAUUUCUAAAUGGGAACAAGCCUUAAAAGAACUGCAUCCUGGGAAAUACGAAGGUGGCACAAGAACUGUGAAGUUGACCUAUAAGAACAGGCUUUAUUUUCGGAGCCAGGCCAAAGGUGAGACAGACCGUGAGCGGUUGCUGCUGGCCUUCCAAGUCAGCAAUGAAAUAGCCAAUGGAAGGUUUCCCGUUAACAAGGAAUUAGCUCUGGAAAUGGUGGCUCUGAUGGCUCAGGUGGAAUAUGGGGAUUUGGAUCGACCAGGAUCUUCAAGUCCUGGGGGAACAUCACAAUCAAAAAUGCAACAUCUUCUUCAUCAGGUCUUAGAUAAAUUCUACCCCAAACGCUACAAGCAAAACAUUACUCCCGAGCAGCUCAGGCAACUGGCUGACAGGCUGGCGACCAAGUGGAUGGUGCUGCAGGGAUGCUCUCCACCAGAAUGUGUUCGAAUUUAUUUGACAGUGGCCCGGAAAUGGCCUCUCUUUGGAACCAAAAUAUUUGCUGCUAAGCCUAUUUUGCCUUCCUCACUGGAAGACUGUCCAGUCUGGAUAGCUGUGAAUGAAGAUGGUAUCAGCAUACUGGAUUAUAACACUAUGCACUUGAAGGUCUCUUAUUCAUACUCCUCUGUGCUGACCUUUGGAGGCUGUCGAGACGACUUCAUGAUUGUAGUCAGUCAAAUAAAAGAAAGGACUUCUGGAAAAAACAGCACUGAAAAACUCCUUUUCACAAUGGCAAUCCCAAAGAUUGUUGAAGCAACACUUCUUAUUGCCAGCUACAUUAACUACCGUUCCACACCUUCACUCCUAUCUCCUGCACAGCCCUCCAGAAGCAAAACACCUGCCAAUAAGCUCUGGGAGAGUGAAAGUCAGUGUUUUUUCCCUUCUGUGCCUAGAAGCACUAAGGGGCCCACCCUGCUCUGAGGGCUCACUCCCAAUGACUGGGAUUUGGGGGUUUUGUUUUGCACUUCUCUGUGCUGAAUUGCAGACUGCUGUGAUUUUGUUAGUUACACACCUUACUUUAAGGCAAGCUCUGAUUUUUUUCUCACAAUAACAGACAAAGUCUGUUCCAUGCCACACUCCAUCCAAAACACCGUGCCUCAAGCCAUUUGCCUGCACAGUGCUCCAGUCACAUUACAUCUGCCGUCUUUCCUUGCACUCAUUCUUCUCCCAUCUCCUUGUAAGCUUUGCUUACAAGCAUAUAUAUUUUUGGAUCCCUCUCAUUUUCAGCUUUGCAUUUGCCUUUAGAUCACUGCAUGCCCUGUGUUUGGAAUCUCAGUCCAGCUCUUGAAACUCCUAGUGACCUCUUUUCCUCACUGUAGCCCUUUUCAGUUAUUAUUCUUAUUUUCCAAUAACCUUCUGUUUGCACCAAUCCCUCACUUGCUCACUUUUACCUCUGCAAGGCAGAUUUGAGUGGUAUAUAGGCAUGAAUCUGACUGCAGUGGGCUGACUGCACAGUCCUAUCAGAAUUAAAACCAGGUGGUAGUGAAUAUUGUGGCACAAACCCUGUACAAGACACAUCCUGUUGAAUACUGCCUGUAUUAGAAGCUGCACGUCAUGGCAUCAUAAACUAGACAUACACUGAAAAAGGCUGUAAAGACUAACAUGACACAGUCUGAUCAGGCAGUUCAGCAAUAACUUGAUGCCCUGAUUGCGAAUAGUCAGCACCUCGAAGUUUUUACCAGUGUUUAAAUUGAACGUUGCCACUCCCAGAACAACUAUUAAGAUAGUCUUUUUGCAGACACUACAAUAGUUUUUAUGCAACAAGAGGAUAAUUUCAUUUUCCCUAGAGCUAUAACGACUCCUCCUUCAAAAUGAUGUUAAAACUGAAAGGCAGAAGCUUUCCAAGUCCUGGGACAGUCCUGGGAAAAGACAGGAAAGAAAGACACUGCUGAGGAGGAUGAGGAACUAAACCGAGAAGAAUCAUUCCAAUGCAAGUCAGGGGUAAUUUCAGAGUAAGACUUCAGUGGUACUCAAGAGUAUUGGCAGCCUUAAAUAAAGGUGGAAACCUUGUGUCUUUGCAUGUUAAGGACUUGGAACAACUGAGUCUGGACCAGUGUGAGAUCGUGCCCUGACUCCCACAGCACUGAUGCACUUCUGGAGUCAACACUGUUCAAUACAAUAGAUGAACGUGAGAUCUCUGCUGCAGGGCUGAAUGUGUCACAUGUUCCACUUUCAAAGACUCUUUCUGUUAGUCAGUGUUGUAGAUGUUUUGGAAUGUGUUUGAAACUGCACAUAAUCUCAGACAAAGGAAGACAAGGCAAACAAUUUUUGUACUUUUUCUUUCAGCAUAGGUGUUCCCAAACCAGCUCUGCCAUGCUGACUUGGCAGAGGCUGCUCCUUUCAAACUCCUGCUUCCCUCGUGCUACCAUAGCAAGGAGGUGGUCAGCAACUGUGUACUCAUGUAUUGUUCUUCUGACUUUCCUAAAGAAUGGGGGAGGGUGUUGAUCUGUUU